GGCCCGGACUCCCAACCGCUGAAGCUGCGGCCGACUCUCCUCUGGGGGAAAAGCAACCCAGACAGAGGGAUACCUGGAGAAGGCGGGUCAAGCCCAAGGAUCCAGUAGAGUCCCCAUGGAGGUGUGGAGCCUUGUCACCGAUCUAUAACUGCGGAACUGGGAUGUGGAGCUGGAAGGGCCUCCUUUUCUGGGCUGUGCUGGUCACAGCCACACUCUGCACUGCCAGACCAGCCCCAACCUUGCCUGAACAAGCCCUGCCCUGGGGAGCCCCCGUGGAAGUGGAGUCCUCUCUGGCGCACCCUGGUGACCUGUUGCAGCUUCGCUGUCGGCUGAGGGAGGAUGUUCAAAGCAUCAACUGGCUCCGGGACGGGGUGCAGCUUGUGGAGAACAACCGCACCCGCAUCACAGGGGAGGAGGUAGAGGUGCGGGAUGCCGUCCCCUCGGAUUCCGGGCUCUACGCCUGUAUGACCAACAGCCCCUCAGGCAGCGACGUCACCUACUUCUCCGUCAAUGUCUCAGAUGCUCUUCCUUCCUCAGAGGAUGAUGAUGAUGAUGAUGACUCCUCAUCAGAGGAGAAAGAGUCAGAUAACACUAAGCCAAACCGUACGCCCGUGGCUCCAUACUGGACAUCACCAGAAAAGAUGGAAAAGAAAUUGCAUGCCGUACCAGCAGCUAAAACAGUGAAGUUCAAAUGCCCUUCAAAUGGCACUCCUAACCCCACUCUGCGUUGGCUGAAGAAUGGCAAAGAAUUCAAACCUGACCACCGAAUUGGGGGCUACAAGGUCCGCUAUGCCACCUGGAGCAUCAUAAUGGACUCGGUGGUGCCAUCUGAUAAAGGCAACUACACUUGCAUUGUAGAGAAUGAAUAUGGCAGCAUUAACCAUACCUACCAGCUGGAUGUUGUGGAGCGGUCACCUCACCGGCCCAUCCUGCAGGCUGGAUUACCUGCCAAUAAAACUGUAGCUUUGGGCAGCAAUGUGGAAUUUAUGUGCAAGGUGUACAGUGACCCACAGCCUCACAUCCAAUGGCUAAAGCACAUCGAGGUGAAUGGAAGUAAGAUUGGCCCGGACAAUCUGCCAUAUGUGCAAAUUCUAAAGACGGCCGGUGUUAAUACCACUGACAAAGAGAUGGAAGUGCUACAUUUAAGGAAUGUCUCCUUUGAGGACGCGGGGGAGUAUACAUGCUUGGCGGGUAACUCUAUCGGACUCUCCCAUCACUCUGCAUGGUUGACCGUUCUGGAAGCCCUGGAGGAGAGACCAGCAGUGAUGACCUCGCCUGUCUAUCUGGAGAUCAUCAUCUAUUGCACGGGGGCUUUCCUCAUCUCCUGCAUGGUGGGGUCUGUCAUCAUCUACAAGAUGAAGAGCGGUACCAAAAAGAGCGACUUCCAUAGCCAAAUGGCUGUGCACAAGCUGGCCAAGAGCAUCCCCCUGCGCAGACAGGUAACAGAAAGUAGAUGGGGGGUGUCCGCUGAUUCCAGCGCCUCUAUGAACUCAGGGGUCCUGCUGGUUCGGCCAUCGAGGCUUUCUUCCAGUGGGACUCCUAUGCUGGCAGGUGUCUCUGAGUAUGAACUUCCUGAGGAUCCCCGAUGGGAACUGCCCCGGGACAGGUUGGUUUUAGGCAAACCACUGGGAGAGGGCUGCUUCGGACAAGUAGUGUUGGCAGAGGCCAUUGGGUUGGAUAAAGACAAGCCCAACCGGGUGACCAAGGUGGCAGUGAAGAUGCUGAAAUCGGAUGCAACAGAGAAGGACCUGUCAGAUCUGAUCUCAGAAAUGGAGAUGAUGAAGAUGAUUGGGAAACACAAGAACAUUAUCAACUUGUUGGGGGCCUGCACACAGGAUGGCCCUCUGUAUGUCAUUGUGGAAUAUGCCUCCAAGGGCAACCUUCGUGAGUACCUGCAGGCCAGGCGGCCCCCUGGACUCGAAUACUGUUACAACCCCAGCCAUGCCCCAGAAGAGCAACUCUCUUCCAAGGACCUUGUGUCUUGUGCUUACCAGGUGGCCAGGGGCAUGGAGUACCUUGCCUCCAAGAAGUGCAUCCACAGGGAUCUGGCAGCCCGGAAUGUCUUGGUGACUGAAGACAAUGUGAUGAAAAUCGCAGACUUUGGUCUUGCUCGGGACAUCCAUCACAUUGACUAUUACAAAAAGACAACCAAUGGUCGGCUGCCUGUGAAGUGGAUGGCUCCUGAGGCACUCUUUGACCGGAUCUAUACACACCAGAGUGACGUGUGGUCAUUCGGGGUGCUGCUGUGGGAAAUCUUCACACUGGGUGGCUCCCCUUAUCCUGGUGUACCUGUAGAGGAACUUUUCAAGCUGCUGAAGGAGGGUCAUCGAAUGGACAAACCCAGCAAUUGCACCAAUGAACUGUACAUGAUGAUGAGGGACUGCUGGCAUGCAAUUCCCUCUCAGAGGCCUACCUUCAAGCAGCUUGUGGAGGACCUGGAUCGAAUUGUGGCCUUGACCUCUAACCAGGAGUACUUGGACCUGUCAGUGCCCCUGGACCAGUAUUCACCAAGCUUUCCAGACACUCGCAGCUCUACUUGCUCCUCUGGAGAGGAUUCAGUUUUCUCCCAUGACCCUCUGCCUGAGGAGCCCUGCCUGCCCCGACAUCCCACCCCGCUGGCCAAUGGGGGACUUAAACGGCGCUGACAUUCCUCCACAAACUGAUAUCCUCACCCCUAACUCCUGGUUGGGCUCAUCUCCCUUCCCUUUUUCCUUCUCCCUGCCCACAGGAGUUGGCUGCCCACAAUCCAAGGCCUUCCCUUUGUUGCCAACUCUAUCCCACUG